AUGCUCGCCUCUUGCCUUGACGACAGUGGCCUGACAUCAAUCGGUUCAUUUGAUGUCAAUCUCGGUGUCGGUCUGUCGCCCAGUCAACCAAACAGCCCAGCAACCCCGGCCAGCCUUGGCCGAAGUGCUGGCUCCACUGGCCUCCUCCUCCAGUCACCGUCCUCUAUGGGCCCCCUGUCUGGAGGCAGCGGGCCGCCCACCCUCGGGGGAGGUGGCCUUAUGACAUCUUCUCUGUACCACGCGGUCAAUCAGACCUCUCCGUCUGGUCCGGUGUCAGUUGGUGGGGGUCUGAUGGGCGUUUCACCAUUUUCACCUUUGUCGUCAGGCCAAAGGUCCACUUCCAUGGAGUGGACAGCUCCGGCAGGAUCGGAUACACUUGCAUCACCGGGCGCCUCGGGAACGAGUGGAACGAAUGCCGCUUGUCGCUAUCCCAUAAUCGAGCUAAUGAGUAAGAAAUCUUAUCUGCUCACCCUAGGUCUAAGCUCUUUUAUGAAGCAUAAUGUGUUGGGCAGACUUGCAUUUCGUAUUCAAGUGGAGGAAGAAGAGAUUCGUAGUUUGGUCCCACCAGAAGACGACGGUCGACUCCGCUAG